CGUUAAUAAGAUGUUCCAGUAACCUUCUUCUACAUAUUGCUACUAACCCAUGACAAGCUACGAGGGAGACCUCGAGUCCGCUUCAUGACCCCGGCCAGAGGCUCAGCUGAUUGCAUUGAUACAGCUGAGCCAUGGGAAAAGGUGCUCUGGCGCAGACAACCUUAUCCAGAUAACCAUGUCCCCGAAUCCUUUCUAGCGGAAUUGAGGGAUCUACCUCCACGUCCUCGUCCCAGACUUUUUGCUCUGGUCAUCCACGCUCUCCCCAUAACGCAGCAUAUGGCCGUCAUCGCUCUCUUUCUUUCGAUCUUUCACGCUCUUCUCAUAGGCCGAUUCAGCGCGAGCUCCGUAGGAUGGGCGGUAGUGCUUUCAAGUGUCGUUGGACAUUUCGUGCGGAGGCUUGGAUGGCGAGAACAAGGACUCGAAAGAGAUCUGACGUCUCAUGGCCUGCUGCCCCCUACAACAUCACUAAGACCUCUAAUCUUACCGCCCCUGCUAUUGUCACUAUUGUCCCCAGUGUUGGGGACCUUGACAUCGGCGACUACCUCAGACUCUAUUUGGCCCUUGGCCGGCUGCUUGCUCUUCAUUCAUGUAUUGCUGGCGGACUUCAAAACUGGCCCGGAUGCCAGACAGAAAUACAGGGAGAGGCGGAGAUUCCAGCAGAGGCAGAGGAGGAGCAGCUUUCACGGAGAUCUGGAGGCUAUCGAAGAGAAGAGCCUCUCAUCGUCGCUGUCCUUCACCUCGGCACUAUCCGCCUCGAUCGUUCUGGCAUCUCGUUUGCCAUCAACGGCGCACGUGUUCUCCCUGAUUCUUCUCGCCGUCAGUCUCUUUGCAGGCUGGCCUGUAGUGGCGAAAGGGGUCCGCGAGGCAGGUCAAGGAUUCUCAAUUCUCCUGACAGCAUCUACGGUGUUGCUCGCUUUCUCCAUUCUGCCUCACGAUCCUAGUGAAAGUCUGCUCUUUACAGCGCCAAGUCUCAUCUUCCUCUGCACCUUGUUAGUGGUAAACAUCAUCGGACCGCUCGUGUUCUGGUGGGGUUGGAGAUGGAAGACAAUACGAGGCGGAGGAUGGGACGUCGCUGUGGUGAGGAUCCGCCAAGCGACGUCAGGUCACGGAUAGUGUCUCUCGAUUGUCAAAGGGGGAUUGGAAUAUGCUAC